CAGAAAGGUAAAAGAAAGCUCCAUGGGAAUGAAGAUGUGAAAUCAAAGAAGAGGAAGAUGAAAAAUAACAGACAGUCUGUGUUUUCAUAUGAGACAGAAGAACUUCUCUCAACCCGUGAAGAUGCAUUCCAGGUUGGAAAAGAUGCCAUAUCUCAGGUUUACGACAAACUCAAAGGGGUUUCCUGCAGAGAAAACUCAUUUCUGGAAGAUUUAAAAGAGAAGAUCUCAAGUCUAAAAGAUUAUAACCACAAAGAGAAAAUUUACAUUGGAUUCUUUGGGAAGACGGGAGCAGGAAAGAGCUCAUUGAUCAACGCAAUUGUCGAAGAAAGCCAACUUCUACCUUCAGGAAGCAUGCGUGCCUGCACUUCCGUUUUUGUGCAUGUACAAGCUAAUACUGAAUCCAGCAAAUACAAAGCUGAUAUUGAAUUCAUCAGUGCAGAGGACUGGAAAUCAGAACUACAUUUCCUGCAAGAGUCACUCAAAAAAAAAAACAUGCCAGCAAAAGAUUGUGAAAUUGCAAACAUGGCAAGAGAAAAGAUUACAGCCAUUUAUGGAGAAGAGGGACUGAAGAAAGAUUGCACUGAAUUGGUGGGAGCCAGCGAGGUUCUUGAGAUUCUAAGCACAGGCAGGAAGACUCUGACUUUUGACACUGCCAAAGAACUGUCUAAAAGCAUUGGAUGCUACAUUCGGAGUGACAAAAAAUCAGUCAAAAAAUCAGUCAGAGAAUCAGACAAAAAAUCAGACAAAAAAUCUGAUACAAAUGAAGGGAAGCAGUUCUGGCCACUAGUGAAGCAAGUCAUCAUCUCCUUGCCGAAGUCUCCAGCUCUGCUGGAGGGGAUUGUGCUGGUGGACCUGCCUGGAGCUGGAGACGUCAGUAAAUACAGAAGUGACAUGUGGAAAGAGUGUCUCAGCCAGUGCUCCUCUGUCUGGAUUGUCAGUGAGAUGAAACGUGCCCUGUCUGAGAAAGUAGCCGAUGAGAUCUUUGAUACAUCAUUGAGAACCAUUGCUGGAGGGGGAGAGUGUCACAAUAUCACCUUCAUCUGCACCCAUACAGAUGUCAUCGACCCAGAGAACUUCAGAGAAAAUCAUGAUAUCACAGAUGAGGACCUUAACAUUAACAAGGAUACCCUGGAAUAUAAGAAGAAAGAAAAACAAGCGUGUAUACUGUACCGUAAUGACCAAUUUAAAGAAGAAAUCAGAGAACUCUUCAAAGAUAAAACAAAGAAAUUUCUGCUUGGUGAUGAAGACCAUUCAAAUGAGGUCUUUGAUGUGUACACUGUGAGUUCUGAAGAAUUCAAGAAAAUUGCACAAGGGAACUCACCUGUUCUGGAUCGCAAUGAAACUGAAUUGCCAGCGCUGAUGGAGCACAUUAAGAAACUGUACGUCUCCCAUUUUGAGAAGAAAGUGAAAGAUUAUGUAUCUGAUGUUUCUGGAGUCAUUUCAUAUCUUCACUUUUCAAAGGAUGCUCUCAGUUCAAAGAACCAGUCUUCAAAUUCCCAGGAGUUCAGCCGACUUAAAAAGGAUCUGGAUAAUAUGUGCAGAAGAUUGAAUUCAACUCUGAGCAAAGUUCACACAACGCUCCAGGAAAAACUGAAGAUGGGAGCAAAGGGAGCAGAGAUAACAUGCCUGGAAAAUGCCACAGCCAGUGUGCUGGAACCAAAAUGGUGUGAUAACAGAGGCCACCACAUGACACUCAAAGCCAUGUGUAGAAAUGAUGGAUAUUACCAAUCUCGAGUGUUAGUUGAUCUGAACUACACUCUGUCAGAACCCAUGUACAAAAAGAUGAAUGAAAUGUUUCUGACAACAUUUGGCCCUGGACCUACAAGAGCCUCAAUCAAAGGGACAUUUGAAAGUUUCGAGAAGAACUUCAUCACAAAUGACCUUCUGACGGAACAAAAGAAAAAAAAAAAAGAAGAGAAAUACCUGCGUCUGGUGUACAUUAGAACAGAGCAAAGAAAAGUGCACAGGAAUCUGGAGAAGGAAAUCCUACAGAGAAAGAAGCUGAUCUACAAUUCCCUCAGUGAUUCAAUCCGUGACACCAUGAAGCAAACAUAUCAAGAAUGCUCUGACAUCAAAGGAAAAAAAUGUUUAAGAAAGAUUCAAGGGAAACUUAAAAGUGCAAUUGAGGAUUUCAAAAAGACCAUGUUCCACAAUUCCAAGACGAAGAUGCUGAAAGAGUUCAGUGAUCUGCAGAAAUUCCUUGUGGAUCAAAUUAAGACACAGAUGACAAACGCCUUGACGCUGGGUUUAAACCAGAUCCCUGAGGACCUGACUGGCUUCCCAGACGUUUCAGAAGAGACUGCGAUGAUGGAGCGAUGCUGUGAGUCUUUGGACCUCCAGGUGUUUUAAGAACCGAAAGAGGAUGAUGGAUCCAGAAGCACCAGAAUUAUCGAACUGAUUUGAGAUCACCGUGGCAACCUGUCUGUGGGUGCUGUCAAAUAUGCAUUCUAUUGAUAACCAUUUUUCUUAUUAUUUCACUGACUAUGUAAUUCUUAAUACUUACUGCUUAACUGCACAACAAGGCCACAGAUUAACAUCUAUGAGUUUUGGUGGAAAGGUGGUCUCAAAUACACUUGCAGCAUCAAUGUUGGCUUUGAAUA